CACUUUCAACAUUACGGCUUUUUUUUCAAACGUGGCGACGGUGCGCAUGCGCCAGGGCGUGACGUGUCCAGCGAGUGUCAAACGGAGGAUGAGAGAACGAGCGAGGACUCCGGGGAUCAACUUCUCUCCUGGGCUGCGGAGGCUCGUAGCGACGCUGUGGAGGGUUUAGCAACAACUCUCGGUCCUAGCCGGAGCUUUGACUCAGUCCCCGCUGCUCCUCAGCUCGGGAAAGUCUCUCUCGCUCACUUUUAAACCCGCGACAUUCACCGUAGAGCUAACUCCGUUAGCCGCAGUUGAGCUAACCGCAGUCGGUAAUCUGAUCUGAACAAUAGCACGGUCACCGGGUUGAGCUAACAUUAACAUGUAAUUGAUGUAGCUGCUGCUCGCUAGCCCGUUUAGCUUAGUUUCACCGUCCACCUCUCGUUAGCUUAGCGCGUAGCCCGGUGUUCAGUCCGUUAGCCGGCGGCAGGGGUGACAGGAGAGGGAAGAUGUCUCGGAGGAGACUGGACAGUCGCAGCGGACUCUCCGCAGGUCUGCUCGGGGAAACUCAGACCCCGAUCAGCGCGGAGCCCCUGGAGAGUGUGUACGAAGUGACCGGAGAGCUGGGGAGGGGGAAGUUUGCAGUGGUCAAGCGCUGUGUGGAGAAGGCCUCAGGCAAAGUGUUUGCUGCUAAGUUCCUACGGAAAAGGAGGAGAGGCCGCGACUGCCGGGCUGAUGUCAUUCAUGAGAUGGCCGUCCUGGAGAUGGCCCGUAACAAUGCCCGAGUGGUCAACCUGCACGCUGCCUAUGAGACGGAUCACGACAUCGUCUUAGUGCUGGAAUAUGCUGCAGGUGGAGAGAUAUUUGAUCACUGUGUGUCUGAGGAGCUGCUGGCAGAGGCACAGAUAAUCAGACUGAUCAGGCAAACACUGGAGGGAGUCCACUACCUCCACCAGAGCAACCUGGUGCACUUAGACCUCAAGCCACAGAAUAUUCUCCUGACCAGCCUGUCACCUCUAGGAGAUAUAAAGAUUGUAGACUUUGGCCUGGCACGUAGAUUGGGUGCGGUUGGAGAGCUCAGAGAGAUUCUUGGCACACCUGAAUAUGUGGCUCCAGAGAUCCUGAAUUAUGAACCAAUCACAACAGCGACUGACCUGUGGAGUGUGGGCGUUAUAGCUUACAUGCUGGUGACAGGCGAGUCACCGUUUGUCGGGGAUGACAAGCAGGAGACGUAUCUGAACGUGUCCCAGGUGAACGUGGACUACAGCACGGAGGCCUUUUCCAGGGUGUCUGAGCUGGCUGUGGACUUCAUCCGCAAGCUGCUGGUCAAAGCACCAGAGGACCGGCCCAGUGCUGCAGAGUGUAUGAGCCACCCGUGGCUGUGGCAGCAGCAGCUGUGUCUGAGCCCUGACCCCACCACCAUCACCCGCACCACCCGUGAGAGGAGCUGUGGCACCAAGUGGGCAGCGCCGCCGGAAGACCCUGAAGACAAGGAGAACUUCCUGGAGUCCCCACACUCGCACUCAAAGAGGUUUCGCUUUGACGAGGAAACAUCUGCCCCUGGGGAUGGUGACUUUUGAAAAAGUAAAACGGGGAGGAAUCAAAGGUGGGGGUGCCCACCUCUUCCUCUGAGUUUUUUAAUUCUUUUAAACCCCCCCCAAAACAAGCAGCCAUAUGCUGCCCGCCACUCAAAAGUACUUAGGUUGUGUUCAUAUCUCACUAAUUUGCAAAAUUCCAAGAUCAACCACUCAAACCAAAGAUAACCAGCUAUAUUUUGAGAUCUGUCACUGAUGCUGUUAAAAGUGAAAAUGUGCAUGUCUAUUAAUGCAGUGUGUUUAACCUAAAGUAUUUAAUUAUUUUCAUUGUUCAGAUCUUUGAUAUUUCCAAGGGCUGCAUGAGCCAGCUCUGUUUAUCUGUCCCUGUACUGAUGAAGGCCAGUCACUCCAGGGAAAUCUAUGCAAUACUUCUCUUGUAUAGUUUUAUUAACCAACUGCACUCUGCCUUAAGGUGGGAUGUGAAGUGUUCUUGUUACAGCUACUGUUUGUGUGAUGUGGAGAGAAGAACCUCCGCAGGCAGGAAGUGUGAUCGUGUCCUUAUUGGCAUGUGGGAUGAGAGCUGGGGGCCGAAGGACAGCAGCAUCAUGGGAAAUCAGGUUUUGGCUUGGCUUUGUAUGUUGCGUCUCACAUUGGCCACUGUUUUUUGAGAGGACACACUGCUGUCCAUGUCACUCCCUUCCCCGCAGCACUAUCACUUGAAUAACAACCAGCAGAAGGACACGAUCACACACAAGUAUACUACAUUCCAAUUUUUUUUGCCUUGUCCCCUGAUGUCAAACUGUCAUGUUCUCCAUGUCUGCUUCAGAUGAAGGGUUCAAAUUAGCUCAGGGCUUCAGACAAAACUCAAUUUAAUAACUGGAACCAUAAUGUGGCCCCCUUCAACAAAACCUGGAAACCUGCACGUUUAGUCUUAAUCUUGUUUUCAGGUUAUUCUGGUAGAAAAAAAUCAUGGUACUGAUGGAAUCCCUCUUUAUCCUCCCUCAGUAACUUAACAUAAAGUUGUUCUGACUCUAUAUAAAACUCACGAGUCAUUCACAUGCCACGCCUGAACUUACUCAGAUGAUUUCCUCAGCAAGGCAGGAGAGAAACAUUUCAGCACUUAGCUUCAUUAGCACAAGUUCAGAAUUGAUAAGCACAACAGGAGCUAUUUAUGAAGGUUUGUAUGAUUGUGUGUCCUUGACAGAUUCAUUGUCUUUGAAUCCCUCACCAAAGCCAUUCCUUCUGCUUACACAGCGUCGGCAUUACAAGCUCCUCUCGUCCUGGGUUAGGUGAUUUGUUCCUAGUGUUUUCAUCUCAGGGCAUGCUGCUCACUCUCUGCUCACUUUGUUUUCUUUUCCUAACAUUAUUUUCAUAGGCCUAUGAUAAAAAAUAAUUAUUAUUUAUGUGUUGGACGUAUACUUUAUAUUUGUAUGUAAAUAAUGUGCUCACAUGUAUUUUAAGAAGGAUUCUGGUGGGAGGCGAGUGGUUUUGAGCGAUUCUGGUGUAAUUUAGAACAAGAUGCUGUUGCAGUUACAUUAUAAUGACUAAUAAAUGUUGGACUGCAGCAAAUUGGGAAGUUGAAAGUAAGGAUUCGUUUUCAGGUGGAAAUAGGAAGUAAGGAUGGAUGAGUCAGGUGGUUUUAGUCAAGAGAAGGGGAUUUUUUGAGAAGUGCAUGUCUUGAACGAAGCAUGUAAAGGAGCAGUUUUUGACAAAUGGGACAUUUGAGUAUUUCCCAAAAUGUCGAACUGUUUGGUUGUUGGCUUUUGAGAUUUGUAGGCAUGAAAGACUUGUGGGAGUGAUGCUAUGUUUUUAAAAAAAAAAAAACGGAGAUGGAUGUUUGUCUCAAGAAGUGCAACAGAGCCACUGUAUCAUGUGAAAUAUGGGGCGCUUACUUGGAAGUCGCUGCCAAAAGAGUAACUGUAAUGUCAUGUCAUGUAAAUGCUGUUCUCUCACAGGAAGUGCCAUCUUUUGUUCAAGUGAGACUUGAAUGAAAAAAAAAAAAACCCUCCACCACCUCUAUAGUGCAGCAGCAGCAACUUGCUCUUAACCUCCAAACAUUCCUCCUGUAGUUGCCAGGUGCCAAACUGAAUAAGUCCAUGUUGUAUUUGUUUGUUGUUGUCACCAGCUGAGACAAAGGCCUUUGUGUGGGAGAUGGGCGUCUCCCGCCACAGCCAUGCUGUCAUCUUUAUGAUGUCAUCCUUUCAAACUGGAGCACCACACUGUAAAAGAUUUGUUUUUCUUCUCAGUGAGAUUUAAUCUGAGUGAGCAGUUUCGACUCCAAACAAGCUUGAUACUGUCAGAUUAUGGAAACAGGAGAAGCCACGUUGUCUCUUUUUACUACUGUAUGAAGAAAUAAGCUCGGAUCUUACUUCAUCUCAAGAGUAACAACUUCUUUAUAAGUCUGGUCAUGGUUCUUCCUAAUACCGUAUCUAAACGUGCAAUAGCACCUUAAAAAUCUCCAUUCAGGUGGACUAAGAAAGUUUCUCAAGUGUUGACUUUGAGAAAAACCUUUAAAACUCAGUUGUACAUAAACAAAUAAAGCUGCUUUUCCUGUUGCAGCAGAGUCUGUAACAACCAGAUGAACUUGACAGAUCUGCAGAGGAUGGACUUGUUUUUCAGUGCAGUGAUGUCAGGGAUCUCUCUCUGCAGGAUGAUGAAAUGCGUGAACGUCAGACACAAGUGGCUCGUGUUUGCCGGCAUUGUUUAUUUGUCACUUGAACAUGACUUAUGCUGUGGUGUAGGUUUUUGUACAGCUAUUGUACUGUUAUUUUUCAGCAGCUAGUCACCCGGUGGCCUCGUGCGUGAGUGCUCAUUGUGUGGACGGGAGGUGCUCAGGCGGCAGUCCUGAACUACCACUGAUGUCACACUUGUCUUCUUCUGUAACUGCAGCCAGACUGAAAGUCACUGUAGACUCAAGUCAAACCAGCCACAAGCACAAGCAAAUACGUU